AUGGCCCAAACACCAGACGCUAUGGGAUCUUAUUACCAAGAGCACGAUGGAAUCAUCACACCAACGUUUCCCAGCGGAACUCCCAGCUUCGACCAGUACUUGCAACACCAGGAAGAUCCUGUCCUUACGGAGUGGCGCAAGUCUCCAAUGCUCCAGCCAACUCCGAACAACGUGAACAUGAACUUAUUCCGCCCACUGGACAUUGGUAACGGUAGCACAAACAACUACUUUCAGCAUGGCUUGGUCGGCUCGGGCUUGACUACAGUCACCGGAGAUACAAUGGUACGAAAAGUUGAGUGUGAUGCCGCUCCCAACUACACCUCUCCGAAUACCGGCUUCAACCACUCCGACAUCACCUCCGCCAACUCCAAUCAAUUGUUGUUCAGACCUGAAAGCAACGCUUCGCGCCAUGGGCAUUACAUAGCGCCGUCGGCUCAGCCUCAUUUGGCGGCCGCUACAGAAGCAGCAAAAGACAAUGGCGACAGCCCGCUGGAAGGCAGUCAGCGCCGCUCUUCCUAUCCAACGGUGGCACCGGUCCCGUGCCAUGUCGACCCUUCAGAAUAUCAGAACGUGGACGAUGCAGACUGGAUGAUGCAAGCACCUGGUAACAACGCCUUCUCUCCGUCCACAGUGGACACACCCUACGAUGAGGCUGCAACUCCUGGCGCAGGUGACGACAGUACAAACGAGACUUACGGUGGUAGCUUUGCAAAUGCUUCUUCUACCUUGAACCAAGUCUCGAAGGUCGACUACGAAGCGAACACCCAGCGCACUUCAAGCUUCGUGGAAUCCAUGAACAUCCCUCCUUCUGGACCAUCUCAAGGCCUUGACUCCAACUUUGAACCACCCCCCGCUUUCUGGACUCCUCCCGCCACAAGCUUCGUCUCUGAACCCGCGUUCCCUGGAUUUGGCAACUUCCAGAGCCAGAAUGUUCUCCGUCCCACCGGCCGAGCACGUGUCGACGUACCCUCUGUUGCCCCACAAUCUACGAGACUCAGCGACGCGGCCGCUCUGGAAGAGACGGGUAGAUCAGCCAUGGAGACGACACCGGAGACUUCAGAAACCAGCGAUGGAGAAGAAACUGAGUCGGAACCCGACAUCAAUGACCAAGCAGUGACCGAGGCAGCUCACCGUCGCGACCGAGACAGAUAUCUUCUCAAGAUGCGCGAGAAGGGCUGGUCGUACAAGGAGAUCAAGAAGCGUGGCCACUUCCGCGAGGCAGAGUCGACCCUGCGUGGUCGAGUGAGGGUACUGACCAAGCACAAGAGUCAGAGAGUCCGCAAGCCAGAAUGGACUGCCCACGAUGUAAGUGACGCAUGAUACCUUGAUCAUUGAUAACUUGCGCGGCGAGGAUAGGACACUGACAACUGCCAGAUCGAGCUCCUCCGUAACGCUGUCAAGCGCUACAAGGACGAGGGAGACAGUGAUGGCUCCUACCAUGGCAACCGCAUUCCAUGGAAGCGUGUCAGUGAGUGGAUGAAGCGCAAUGGUAAGCACAUGCCAGCAGGCACCUGUGAUAUACCUGGAAUUCCGCUGAUCUUCUGUAACUGUAAAAGGUAGCACGUACCCAUUCGCAGGUCCUACCUGCGCGAAGAAGUGGAAAGAGAUCGAGUUGGACAUUGAAUGA